GGGCUCCGCGGGCGGGCGGGCGGACAUGGCGGCCAACAUGUACCGGGUCGGAGAUUAUGUCUACUUUGAGAAUUCCUCCAGCAACCCGUACCUAAUCAGGAGGAUAGAAGAACUCAACAAGACUGCAACUGGCAACGUGGAAGCAAAAGUAGUAUGCUUCUAUAGACGACGAGAUAUUUCCAACACGCUUAUAAUGCUUGCAGACAAGCAUGCUAAGGAAAUUGAGGAAGAAUCUGAAACAACCAUUGAGGCCGACUUGACUGAUAAACAGAAACAUCAGUUGAAACAUAGGGAACUCUUUUUGUCCCGCCAAUAUGAAUCUCUCCCUGCAACACAUAUCAGGGGGAAAUGCAGUGUUGCCCUUCUGAAUGAGACAGAGUCAGUAUUGUCAUAUCUCGAUAAAGAGGAUUCCUUUUUCUACUCAUUGGUCUACGACCCCUCUGUGAAAACACUAUUAGCUGACAAAGGUGAAAUCAGAGUGGGACCUAGAUAUCAAGCAGACAUUCCAGAAAUGCUCUCAGAAGGAGAAUCAGAUGAGAGGGAACAGUCAAAAUUGGAAGUUAAAGUUUGGGACCCAAAUAGCCCACUUACAGAUCGACAGAUUGACCAGUUUUUAGUUGUAGCACGUGCUGUUGGGACAUUCGCUCGAGCCCUUGAUUGCAGCAGUUCUGUACGGCAGCCGAGUUUGCAUAUGAGCGCAGCUGCAGCUUCUCGAGACAUCACCCUGUUUCAUGCUAUGGAUACAUUAUAUAGACACAGCUAUGACUUGAGCAGUGCAAUAAGUGUCCUAGUGCCACUUGGAGGACCUGUUUUAUGCAGAGAUGAAAUGGAAGAAUGGUCAGCCUCUGAAGCUACUUUGUUUGAAGAGGCACUGGAAAAAUAUGGCAAAGACUUCAAUGAUAUACGUCAAGACUUUCUCCCUUGGAAAUCAUUGACUAGCAUCAUUGAAUAUUAUUACAUGUGGAAAACUACUGACAGAUACGUUCAGCAGAAACGUCUAAAAGCAGCAGAAGCAGAGAGUAAACUGAAACAAGUGUAUAUCCCAACUUACAGCAAACCGAAUCCCAACCAAAUAUCCACCAGCAAUGGCAAACCUGGUACUGUGAAUGGGGCUGUGGGAACCACAUUCCAGCCGCAGAAUCCCCUCUUAGGGCGAGCCUGUGAGAGCUGCUACGCUACACAGUCUCAUCAGUGGUAUUCUUGGGGUCCACCUAAUAUGCAGUGUAGAUUAUGUGCAACCUGUUGGCUCUAUUGGAAAAAAUAUGGCGGCCUGAAAAUGCCCACUCAGUCAGAAGAAGAGAAGUUAUCUCCCAGCCCACCUACAGAGGACCCCCGUGUCAGAAGCCACAUGUCUCGCCAAGCCAUGCAGGGGAUGCCCGUCCGCAACACUGGGAGCCCAAAGUCUGCAGUGAAGACCCGCCAAGCUUUCUUCCUUCACACUACAUAUUUCACAAAAUUUGCUCGUCAGGUCUGCAAAAAUACCCUCCGGCUGCGGCAGGCAGCGAGACGGCCGUUUGUUCCUAUUAAUUAUGCUGCCAUUAGGGCAGAAUAUGCAGACAGACAUGCUGAACUCUCUGGAAGUCCACUGAAAAGCAAAAGCACCAGGAAACCUUUGGCAUGUAUCAUUGGGUAUUUAGAGAUCCAUCCUUCGAAGAAACCUAAUGUAAUUAGAUCUACACCAACUCUACAAACGCCAACUACCAAGCGAAUGCUAACCACCCCGAAUCACACGACUCUGAGCAUCUUGGGGAAAAGAAACUACAGUCAUCACAAUGGGCUGGGUGAACUCACAUGCUGCGUAUCAGACUGAGCUACCCCUGUUUCAUCCUAUAAUCCAAGACUUGCUCCACUGCCCUGCUGAUGUUCAUGGCCGUGCCUGGGAAGGAGGCGGCCCCAAACCCAGUGCAUUUCAGUGGGAGACCUCCGUGUGCACCCCAUGGAGACUCAAUGAGGGGGGAGGGGGAAGGAACUGUAGGGGUGCACGUCCAAAAAGCUGAGUCUCCCUGUGUGAAUCAGUGUCACCUCGCUUUCCUCAGAGACCUCGCUGUCCCCCAGAGACCUGCCUGAGAACUGAGGGAAAGAGAGAGCCACUCCGCCUCCUCCCUUCUCACACCCUGCACCCCGCACAGCAGCUCUUGGGGCCCAGGGGGGGCGGCUGAGAGCUCCGAGCCACUGCUGCCCUGCAUGCGCCAGCUCAGCUCUGUUGUAAGCUGUAUGACUGUGUACAGGAGGGACAUGGCAUCUU